CAACUCGACGUAUGUGUAUAGUGUAUGCUUAAGAAGACAAUUUUCCCUCCCAAAAUAUGGCGCGAAUGUCACAGUGCUGGGACUUGCUGAAUUAGGGCUUCCAAAUCCAAGUACCAAGAAUCUAUCCAAUCUAUCAAGAAAUGGGGGAUUUCAGAAAGCAGAUUGAUGAAAUUCACGCCCUUUUACUAUCAGAUGACAAAGCUCGAGCAUACUCCAAACUACUGCAAUUGCAGGAAAUAUCGACCGUUGAUUCUUCCGCCGUAGAGACACUCGCCGGUUCAUCUAGCACCAUCCUAUCCUUCCUCGUCGCGGACAUAUCCUAUACUGAUGAAGAAAUAGCUGCGCAGGCCUUGAAGUGCUUGGGUUUCAUGAUUUACCACCCUGCUGUUGUGGCUUCGAUUGGGGGUCAUGAUGCUGAUGUACUAAUUGAAUCCCUGGUUAAGGUCAUCGCAACAACUAAAAUCAAGUCUGUAUGCAAUUUAGGCGUGUGGUGUAUAUCAAUCCAACAACUAAGUUCAUCCAUGUUGGAGCAGCACUUUCAUUCUUUGUUAAGGGCAGUUACCCAUGCCCUUGACAACCCAAUUGGUUCUCUUUCAAUAACUUUUGAGGCAAUGCAGGCCGUGGUGAAGUUGGUGUCUUCAUUAACAGAACAGAUGAGAGGGACAUCAAGUUUGUGGACCCCACCAAUUUAUAGAAGGCUUGUCAGUCUUGAUAAAAGGGACAGGGAUAUGUCAGAGAGAUGUCUGCUGAAGAUUAUGUCCUCAAUAUUUCCUCCACCAGUUACUCUCUCUAAGGUGCUUGCUGUGGAUAUGAAGAAGAAAUUGCUCGGCUCUAUGAAAGAGCUGUUGGGUAAAGGGAUGAAGAUUCAUUGUCUGCAAGCAUGGAGAUGGUUUAUUCGUUUGCUUGGGCCAUAUGCUUUGAAAAAUAAACAUUUGGUUAAUGAGAUGCUGGAAAUUCUGAAGCUCACUUUCUCAGAUUUUGACUCACAAGUUCAGAUUGCAUCCCUGGUCGCCUGGGAAGGCCUUGUUGAUGCUUUAAUUGAGCCCGGAGUUAAAGCAUUGAUGUCUUCUCAAAUCAACAACACUGAGGCUGAAGCUGAGAGACAUUCAAAAAGAAUAAAGCUUAUAAUGGCACCCCUCAUAGGAAUAAUGUCAAGUAAAUGUGACAUAUCUGUCCAUGCUUCCUGCUUGAGCACGUGGUCGUAUCUACUACACAAACUUGAAGAUUCUGUUAACUGCCAGUCACUGAUCAGAAUAGUCUGGGACCCCAUUAUUGAAGUGGUCUUCCAAGCUGAACCAGAUAAUAAGAACAUUUGGUUGUGGAAUUUCUGUCUGGAUCACCUGCAUUCUCUAGUAGGUGGAAUGAAUCAACGAGCAUCUGGCAAUCUACAUAACAAGGAACCAGUACAAUUACCAGAUAAAAGUUCCGACAAUGGUCAUAUGGGUGUUGAGAAGUGCCAAUUGAGACAUUAUCCUUUAAACUGUUCUCCUUGGAAACUAUCUCAACUGGAGUUCUUCAUUAAAACAAUAUCCAUCAUUGUAGAUCGAGGAUCAAAUGAGAGUGUUGCUCCUGAAUUUAGAGAACUGGCAAGUAAUGCAGCUCUAAGGUUAUUUGGAUCCCUUCUAGAAGCAGGUCAAAAAGCUUUUAGAUGUGUAUCCAUUACCUAUGAUGAGGUUAUGCAAUCUCUUAAUACUAUAUUUGGAUUCCUGGAGAAAAUGUGUGAUAACGUGAUUUCAAAAGAUGAUAGCAACUACUAUGGUCAUCAUAUGUGCCUUCAAUUUAUAAAGAUGGUGACCGAGAGAUUAGAACCCUCCAUUCUCGAGUCUCCUCUCUACAAAGUGGGAUUAAAGCCUAAUUGCAUUAAAAAGUUGGAACUUGCUACUGAGACUACAUGUGGGUCAGUGGCAGAUAUCUGCUGUAGGGGUCUCAACGACAGUGUUCCUCCAGUUGUUUAUUUGAGUAUCAUCUACUUUUCUGUAGUUGUAAAGUCAUCAUCAAAGGCUCCUGAGUAUGUAGCUAUAUAUCAGCAUAUGCAAGGAUAUCUGAAGUUUUUGUUAACUUCAUAUAAUCCUCAGGAAAUUCUUCAUGCGCUUGUUUGUUCACUUUAUAAGAACAUCAUGCUUAACAGCUUACAGAUCUGGGUAGUUUUAGCUAACUGUCUUAAAGAAUUGAUAGAUGGCAAAAAGGACCCAUCACUGUUGAAAAUGGAGACGGACAACAUUGGUUACUCUAUUUUAUUGCGUCUCCUGUCGUAUCCAUUUGCUUCAUUGUUACUCUCUGAUAUAAAUUCUGAGCUCCAGACUGUCAUAGAAGCGUGGGAUUUGCUCUAUGUAGCUGUUGACAGAGCUGCACAAUGUCUCCAUCUCCCUGCCAAGAGUUUCUCUGUGGAUCUUUGUGCAGUACUAAAUGGAUGCAUUGAUCAAGUUGCAUCAGUUGACACCAGAAAUGAACUGAAAGAAACUAAAUGCAGCAAUGAAUUUGUUCUACUCUACGGGAAUGUUAUGAUAUGCGUCAUGAAGCAACUGGCUUGGGGUAUGAGGUCUGAAGCCAGACAUUAUAUGGAUUCUGAAGCCAGAAAAUUCAGCUUCAUGAGCUGGAUUUUGUUAGCAGCUCGAUUUAUGAAGCUAUUCUGGAUGGAUAAAGAAAGAACUGGUCCAUCCUUUCUCUCUCUGCCUUCAAGAUUUCUUGAGGAAUUAGUCAAAUUUGUUGCAUGCCUUCACCACAAGGAAGAUGUUCUAAUAUUGGUCGAGGCCGUAUCAAGCCCAUUGCUCGAGUGGCUAUCCGAGAUGCGUCUUCUCGACAGCAAUUCAAGUCAUCAGCUUCAAAUUUUAUGGUCUCAAAUGCUUAGAAGCUUGCAGCAGAGUCAGCCACCAAUCCAGUUCGAUUCUUUAUUCCUCAAUUUCCAAGCACCGCUUCUUGAAAGAACUCUCAGCCACCCUAAUCCAGCCAUCUCCAUGGCCACAACCAACUUCUGGAAUUCAACUUAUGGCCUCCAAAGCAGGCUAGACUUUCCUAAAAUCCUCGUUCCGACAUUGGACAAGCUGUCCAGAAACGGAAAAUUAAAAAUCUGCAGCAGAAAUCACUACACAGUAGACUGCACCAGCAGCCUGGACAUAUUCAAGGUAACAAAUACUCUAAAGAAAUGUUCAAAAAGAGUUGAAAUAUUGAGCAAUCCUGUUCAAGGAUCAAAGGGCUGUGAUAACAUUAAUUCGGGAGAAAAAAGAAAACGCGUUGAGCUGACAGAACACCAGAAAGAGGUGAGACGAGCACAACAAGGACGAGCAAGGGAUUCCAACGGGCAUGGAGCUGGUAUCCGGACCUACACUGCUCUCGAUUUCUCUCAAGAAAACGAAGAAUCUCAAGAUAGCCAGAGAUGGUGAGGAAAGUUUGGCUAUGUGACUUAUGUCUGGUUUUCUAGUGUUUACAUUGCAGUUUACUGCAGCUCCUUGUAUAUAUUGAUGGAAUCCGAAAACUGCCUGUUAAAUUAAAUUAGUUUUGAUAGCCAUAUUCAAUUUGAUGAAGUUUUGUAGGUAAAUUACACUGAUAAUGAGAUGGGGUUUGCAUGUUGUAAGUUA